AUGUCGCAACUAUUCCAACAAAAUGCCCAACUGAACGGACAUUUUGCCCUCAUAUUUAUCGACCAUGAGGGAAACCUUCGCCAGCAGAUAUCCCCUUCCAUCGCUGACAGUACCGAGACUAUUCUGUCUGCAGAUCUUAUCACGGAGUUUAUGAAAGCGGUCGCGCAAUCAAAUCAAGGUUGGCCAUCUACGCAAGCACUGGAAUCCGGGCAGCUCGAUCCCUACUCUAAUGUAAGCCAAGCUGCGCAUGGCCCGAGACUGGUUGGGACCGAGCAGGACCUAAGACUACAAUAUUACCCAAGCGCUGUUGUGUCGCCCCCAUCAAACUCCGCAUUCACAAGCCAAACAGAAGCCAGAUCAAAGGCAGAUUCACAACGGAAACAGAUUCCACGGAUUGAGAAACACAAUUGGUGUGCUCAAAUGACCACGGUAUCCGUUAAAGACAAGAUAGUUCUUCGACGAUACUACGAAAAGGUUUUCCAAAACCUACAACAAACGAAUUGUCGAGUGAUCGCAAAAGUCUAUGUGAAAGUCGUCGAGCCACGCAAACAAGCACAGUAUCCCUACAAUGGAAGGAAGCCUGUGGCGGGUGAAAUGCAACAAUUCAGUCCCGAAGAGACUAAGCCGCCAUGGUGGCCUAUCGGGGUGAGCCACCGAGAACCUGAUCAUCUCCUCAAGAAUGAACGCAUAGAACUCCUGGUCCACAUACUGUGCGACUUGCGCGCCAGUCAUGGCAUCACGGCAGAAAGGCUGAAGCACGCACAAGAAUGCGUGAAAAGGCAAAUUGUUCCUCCUGAACGACUGCAACUAUUGGACGAGCUUUAUCGCGUCAGAGAGCAAGAGGAGAAGCUAGAUGCAGGUGAAAUUACAGAUGGGAGUGCAGAAGUCUCUGUCUCACGAGCAAACCUGCCCGACUCAAAAAAAUGCAACGUUCAAGAUCAAAAAGCGAAUCGGGAUUCUCCAGCCCGUCAAAAGCAGCCAUACGAACAUGUCACCCAAAAUUUGGCCCAAUGUAGCCGACCAGAGGGAGAAAUGAUUUCGCUGAAAUUGACCACGGGUCCCCAUGCUACUGAACAGAGCCAUAUAGAGCAAAAUGGUCUCAUGAGCCCUGGAUUCGAAUCGCAAAGCCCAUCUUCGUCGCCUCGAGACCUGAAAAGAAAACGUUCAUCCUUUGAGCGGGGGGCGCUUCAAGCAUUGAGACACUCUUCCCUGGCAUAUGGAUCCUCGACGGUUUUUGCCCACCAGUUUCCAGUGCAAGACACGGCUGACGACUCAUUGGAUCUUGAGCAACAAAUUAAUUACCUCGCAUACUAUUCUUGGAUAAAUUCAUUCCAGAAUCACACAUAG